AUGGUCUAUCUGAUCACACAUAGCCUCAUCACUAAACACCUAAACACACAGACCAGCGAGUCUCCAAGAGUGUCGGAGUUCAAGACAGCCGUGGCAGAAUCUCUGAAACAGUGCAUAGCUACUGUUGCUGAGGAUGCUGAGAAAGUGGCUCUACCUCUGAUUGCGAGUGACUCUCAGCCUGAUCGAGCAGCAAUUACGGCACUCGACACUCUUUUUGGUGAGGAUUAUGGCGUGAGUGAUUUUUGUUCGCGUGACACCGAGAUCGAAAGAUCUGAGACACAUUUUUGGGUCACAACCCAUCAGGUCAACACCACUAGCACUAGUGAUGCCAAGGUCAUGGGCGCUGAUCCACUACAAGGUUUUGUGGAGUUGCGUUUUGUGUUGGAGCCCGAGGACGUGGUGACGGUUCGUGGUGGCGUCCUGCAGCUGGACUGUGAGGCGCGCUCGGAUCAGGGCGUUCCCGUCAUCGCGUGGAAGAAGGAUGGUGUUCUCUUGAGCGCGGUGGUGGAUGAGCGGAGACAGCAGCUCUCAAACGGAUCGUUAGUCGUGCAGAAUGUCGUUCACUCCAGACAUCAUCGGCCGGACGAGGGAGCGUACCAGUGUCUCGCCACGCUGGAAGGCGUCGGAGCGAUCGUCAGUCGAACGGCCAAAGUCAUCGUGUCUGGUCCUUUAAGGGUGGUGGUCCCCACCGAGUCGGUCUCCACUCACCUGGGCGACACGGCUCUGCUGCGGUGUGAGGUCACUGGUGAACCCAUGCCUGUUGUCCGCUGGCAGAAGAACAGAGAGGACAUGCCCUUGACCUUUGACCCUGACAGUAGAGUGGUGGUGCUGCCCUCAGGCUCUCUGCAGGUUAGCAGGGUACAGCCGCCCGACUCCGCCACCUACCGAUGCCUGGCAGAGAACCCUGGCAGCGCCCGCACGGGCACAGACGCCGACUUGCGCGUGCUACCUGAGCCUGGAGUGUCGAGAGGUCUGAUGUUCCUCCAGAGGCCUCAGAAGGUCACGGCUCUUCAGGGCAGAGACGCCAUUCUGGAGUGUUCUGCCUCCGGCUACCCGAACCCGUCCUUCUAUUGGAUGAGAGGAACUGAGCUCAUACAGAGCAGAUCAAAGAAAUAUUUUCUUCUGAGCGGCAGUAAUCUGUUGAUUAGCAGCGUCACCGACGAUGAUUCAGGAAUCUACACCUGCGUCGCACAAAACAAACUCCAAAACAUCUCGGCGUCCUGUGAGCUCUCAGUGCUCGUGCCGCCUCAGUUCCUGAACUACCCGUCAAACAUGUAUGCGUACGAGAGCGCCGACAUCGAAAUGGAGUGUGCCGUUACAGGAAACCCGCAGCCCACCGUCCGCUGGGUGAAGAACGGUGAGGUGGUCAUCCCUAGUGAUUACUUCCAGAUCGUGGAUGGUGGUAACCUGCAGAUUCUGGGUCUGGUCCGAUCUGAUGAAGGAUUUUAUCAGUGUAUCGCAGAGAAUGAAGCAGGAAACAGUCAGGCGAUGGCUCAACUCAUACUGCUACAACCCGUUACCCUGAGCUCAGGCGCCCUCCCCUCCGCUCCCCGUGACGUGGCCCCUGUCCUUGUGUCCAGCCGCUUCGUACGCCUUGGAUGGCGCCCCCCGGAGGAGACGCGCGGGACCGUCGUAACAUACGGAGUCUUCUUCUCUGAGGAGGGCAUCAACAGGGAACGCUCCAUUAACGUGACUGAGGUGGAGAGUUUGCAGUUAACAGUGAAUAAUCUGAAGCCAGAGGUCACAUACUCCUUCAGAGUCAUCGCUUACAAUGAGCAAGGACCAGGAGAGAGUUCAGAGGUCAUCAGACUGUCCACACAAGCCGAGCUUCUGGUUCCUGGUCCAGUGGAGAACCUCCGAGCAGAAGCGAUGUCCCCGACUUCCAUCCAGGCCUCGUGGGACCCCCCAGCACAUGCCAACGGCCCCAUCCAGAGUUACCGUCUGUUGUGGACGGAGACUUCAACCGGUAAAGAGCAGAAUGUGGAGGUGGUCGGUCAAAGCUACAGGAUGGAGGGACUGAAGAAAUUCACGGAGUAUUCUUUACGAGUGCUGGCGGUAAACCGACACGGUCCCGGCAUCUCCGAUGAAGACACGUUCAUUACUACACUGUCAGACGUGCCCAGUGCUUCACCACAGAACAUCUCACUGGAGGUGGUUUAUUCACGGAGUAUAAAAGUGAGCUGGCAGCCUUCUCCUCCAAACACACAGAACGGAUUAAUCACCGGAUACAAGAUCCGUCAUCGUAAAACAGGCCGGCGAGGUGAACAGGAAGCCAUUGAACCCAACAACCUCUGGUACCUGUUUACUGGACUUGAGAAAGGCAGUCAGUACAGCUUCCAGCUCGCAGCCAUGACGGUGAACGGGACGGGACCGUACAGUGAUUGGAUCACAGCCGAGACACCUGAGAAUGACCUUGACGAAACUCAAGUCCCAAACCAGCCGAGUUCUUUGCAUGUGCGCCCGCUGCCCAACAGCAUCAUCAUGAGCUGGACGCCUCCACUGAACCCAAACAUCUUAGUACGGGGUUACAUCAUCGGGUAUGGAGUGGGUAGUCCGUACGCUGAGACUGUGAGAGUGGACAGUAAACAACGAUAUUACUCUAUAGAGAACUUAGAACCCAGCUCUCAUUACGUCAUCUCUCUUAAGGCUUUCAAUAAUGCUGGUGAAGGAGUUCCACUCUAUGAGAGUGCAGUCACCAGAUCAUUGUCAGACGCUUCCACGCCCAUGAUUCCUCCUGUAGGUGUGCAGGCCGUGGCUCUUACUUCAGAAUCUGUGCGGGUCAACUGGGCUGAUAACUCAAUUCCAAAGAACCAGAAGUCCUCUGAAGUGCGGUAUUACUCUGUCAAGUGGAAGACCAGCCACUCCACUAGCGGAAAAUAUAAGUCGGCUGACACGACAGCUCUAAGUCACACAGUCAGCGGUCUGAAGCCAAACACCAUGUAUGAAUUCUCUGUCAUGGUAACAAAAGGCCGCAAGUCCAGCACAUGGAGUAUGACAGCACACGCCACCACAUAUGAAGCAGCACCGAGCUCCGCCCCAAAGGACCUGACUGUGAUUGGCCGAGAGGGACGCCCACGAGCCAUUCUCAUUAGCUGGCAGCCGCCGCUGGAGGCCAACGGACGAAUCACAGGUUAUAUCGUGUAUUACACUCUGGAUAAGAACAUGCCGAUCGAUGACUGGGUGAUGGAGCCCAUCAGUGGAGACCGUCUCACUCAUCAGGUCAUGGAUCUGAAUCUGGACACUGUGUACUUCUUCCGUAUCCAGGCCAAGAACGCUAAAGGAGUGGGGCCGCUGUCAGACCCCGUGCAGUACAGGACGUCUAAAGUUGAGCAUCCUGACAAGAUGGCCAAUGAUCAAGGUCGUCAUGGAGACAGUGGAUACUGGCCCUCUGACAAUAACCUGAUUGACAUGAGCAGUCUGAACGAGCCUCCGAUUGGUCAGAUGCGUCCGCCGCAUGGUAGCGUGACCCCGCAGAAGAACAGUAACCUGCUGGUCAUCAUCGUUGUUUCCGUGGGAGCCGUUACCGUGGUAGUGGUGGUCAUCGUCGCGUUGAUCUGCACACGACGCUCAUCUGCGCAACAGAGGAAGAAACGUGCGACUCACAGCGCCAAUAAGAGGAAGGGCAGUCAGAAAGACCUGCGACCUCCUGACCUCUGGAUCCACCACGAGGAGAUGGAGCUGAAGAACAUGGAGAAGCCCUCGAGCGCCGCCCCCUCCGGCCGUGAGUCACCAAUCCAGAGCGUCCAAGAGAUCGCCCCUGUUAGCCACAGCCAAUCAGAGAGCCAGAUGGGCAGCAAGAGCAGCCACUCAGGUGCAGACGUCGAUGAAGCUUCCAGCAGCAUUUCCACAUUAGAGCGAUCGUUAGCCGCCCGCAGGGCAACACGCAACAAGAUGAUGAUUCCCAUGGACUCCCAACCCAGUAACACACCGGUGGUGAGUGCCAUCCCUGUGCCCACGCUGGAGAGCAGUCAGUACCCGGGCAUCUUGCCCUCGCCCACCUGCGGGUUCAACCCUCACCCUAAAUUCACCCUGCGGCCGAUGCCCUUCUCCACACUCACCUUGGACCGAAGUUACACUGCCGCAAUGUCAGCAGAGGGCGGUGCUUCGAUCCCCACCCAACAACAACAACAACCUCUGAUUCCCACGGCGCAGUCGGAACCAUCGUUGUCGGAAGAGAUUCCUAGCCGCACAAUCCCGACCGCGUGUGUGCGUCCUACUCACCCGCUGCGCAGCUUCACCAACCCCCUUCUUCCGCCACCCAUGGGCACCAUCGACCCGAAAGUUUACACGCCCAUUAUGGCCCAGACAGGUGGCAGUUUACCCAAACCGCAGGUGAAGACCGCAUCGCUGGGGCAGGCUGGGAAGGCGAGGUCACCGUUACUGCCCGUUUCCGUGCCGACUGCCCCUGAAACCAAUGAGGAGGGGCAGAAACCAGACGACCCAUCGAGUGUGUAUGAGCAGGAUGAUUUGAGCGAGCAGAUGGCGAGUCUUGAAGGUCUGAUGAAGCAGCUGAAUGCUAUCACAGGUUCAGCCUUUUAACACACGCCCGUCCAGAACCGCAGAACUAGAACCCGUGCAGAGGAACCAACACCAAGAACCAGGAACUCUCAGACUGUCUGGUGUUGACGUUCCUCUCUCAGACAUCUGCUCAUCCACUGAAGAAUGACAAACAGAACCUGAGAUUCUCCGCACCAUCCUCUGCUGUCUCAUUGGACUGUUGCAAAACAACUCUUUUCUAACAUUGUCUGGAAUUUUAUACUUGUUUCUCCUCACAGAUGUUGUUGGGUUGGUGGUUUCCACCGGACCCAUCAGCAGAUGUGAUCUCCAUCCCGCUGAAAUCAAACUCCAGGAUCACGCAUGGCUUUGUGUGGAUCCAUUCAAGGAUGUAGCCAAAUUGAGAGGGACCAAAUGUACAAAUUUAAGAAUCUGCAAUUGAAAAAACUCUAAUCAGAAUAUUAGUCAACGUCAGUGAUGGUUACAGAGCUGGAUUCAUUUCUCUGCCUCAGAACUUUUCCAAAUACCUUUAGAGUUGCCAAAAUACAGAAGUUCAGAACUCAUUUUUCAUGUCUUGCCAAGCAAUUGCUGCCAAGAUCCCUUAAAAUACACUUUACUAGGUGGAUUAUAUAUUCAUACCUGGAUGAGGUUAUUUCGGGGGAGGAAUCGGUUUGUCUCGGAUGCAGUUACGUCGACACUUAAGUUGUUUGAGUUUUGGAGGAAUUAAAAAUCUCAUAAUUUCUUUGGUCAUGCAACAUUAUUUUAUUAUUGAUAUCCCUAUUUUAUCCAUUCACGUCUUGUGAAAAAGAGUCAGUGCAUAACUAUGCUAUUUUUACGUCGACAAAUGAUGCCGAAGCUGAGCAUCUGAUUACUUGUUGUCAUUGAAACGCAUUGCCUGAAGACGGACCAAUCACAGGGAAGUAUGUUAACGUAUAGUUCAAUGAUUGGCAUAUUUGCGAGAAAGUGUUACCGGAUCAGUUUUCUGUGAAUUCGGGCCACUUUUCCUGAACGAUUGCAUACUGAAUCCUGGAAUUCACUGGUCAGAGGGUGGAAGUUUGCCUGCGGAUGAGUGAAUUGACUAUUUAACAUCAGAUAAUGAUGGUGAUGUGAAACAGAGAUGCGUUACGGUCACAAAGAGUUCGGGUUUGAUGGAUCGGUCACACCGUAAAUUCAACAAAGAGACGUGCUGCUUUGUCAAAAUCUUGUUUUUCAUUCUCUUUUCUGUUCACAUUUAAAUCUUUUUUGUUUCGUCUGUAAGAGACCUUUUUAUGUGCCUAUUAUAGUGUGUGUGUGUAUAUAUAUAUGUUAACUUUUUAGUCACUUUAUUUUCUGUGACAAAUGUUGCUUAAUUCCAUGAAUCUAAACCUGCAAGAUGAAACACGGCAAAAUGAACGCAGAGAAGCGACUGCGCUCUGUCAGUUUUUCCCACUAUAUGAAGAUGGACACGUUCCUAGAUUUGCUAUUUUUCUCAUACAUGUGUAUGUUAACAUGGAGAACAAGUGGAUCACUGUAACAACACAUGAAAAUACACUGUUUUUUACUGUACAGUUCCAGAGAGCAAUUGAUGGACAUCAUGGACUCGGGUGCGGGUGGGUGUCGGGUUUUUACUGAUAUAUUUAAUAUAUAUGAU